AUGAAAGUAACAGUUCUGACUUUGUGUCUUUUCGCUUUGGCUACGGCCUCAGCUUCUGCAGACGACUGCAUCUGCACCAGAGAAUUGAAAGAGGUGUGCGGAUCUGACGGAAAAACCUAUUCCAACAAGUGCACGUUUGAGUGCGCCGGGAAGAAGGACGAUUCCCUGAAGAUCGUCAAGGAUGGUAAAUGCGAUGAACAAUGCGUCUGUCCUGCCCUUUGGGCUCCAAUCUGCGGAAGCGACGGUAAAACGUACGACAACGAAUGCCUAUUGAAUUGUCGCGCAAAAAGUAAUCCAGGUUUGAAGAAGGUGUCCAAUGGGGCUUGUCCAUGA